CACGCUCGAAAGGCCCCGCAAAGCCCGCAACAAAGUCUGCCGCGGCCAAUGGCGAGCAAUCGGCAGGGCCAACUAUGCCUGCCAGCGUUGCAGACCCGCCAAAGCUAUUCGUCCUCCCCAAGAACGUCUCCGACGACGCGCGCAUAGUCACCAUCCCCAACCCUGCGACCGCAACCCAGUCCCGCUAUUACUGCUGUCCCCAGAAUGGCUUCUACGAGUUCACAAGGAUAGCCGCGCCGAAGAGCGCACCAAGAAGUUGGCUUCUGGCACCAGAAAGAGCUACGAAAGAGGAACAAAACCCCGAGAGCAAUGGCUCGACACAGGAGAUGCCCGAUGCGCCGGAGGAGCCGUCGGAAGCCGAUGGUGAUGUGCAGGGUCCUCUCGAAAAAGGCUACACUUUGAAGUCGCCCGACGUUUUUGUGGCUACCCCUCUGGAUGCCCUUUUCCUGAUUCUUCCAGCGCUUGCUCCUUCGGCCAAAGACCAGAAGCAAAUGUUUCUUUCUGCGGACGACCACCUGGACUCGCUAAGCAGUUCAUCCGCACACCUACGAGCGCUUAUUACCCGUCAAACCAUCAGGCAGAGGUUAGAGGAGAGGAUGGCCGCGGUGUGCGAUACUGUAGAUGCGGGAGACGAGAAGAUGUAUCGGCUGUCGAUCGACAAGCUUGUCGGAGAGUUAGUGGCCAAGGCAGAAAAGCUCGUAGACAAUGGGUUACCGGCGUCGAUGGAAGAGAGAUUUGUUCGGAAGGCUUUAGAGGUUCCGGUCAUGAACAUCCGAAGAGAAGAAAGCACGAUAAGCGCAGCAACCGUUGAAGGUGCAGAAGUGGAAACACCAGGAGCCGGCGGGAGCCAAACGGCCUCAAAUGCCAACCCUGAGACUCAGAAUUCAGCCGAGUCUCAAACUGCAGCUGCUACUUCAACUGCGGAGCCCACCGAUACGGUCAAACCCGCGCCAGCAAAACCAGCGAUCGUCGCGCCAGAGGGCGUACCGCGACUCCUUCGCCUGCGCACGGCGAUUGAGUUCAUGUCUACUUCGUACCUUCUCACCGCCCUUCGCUCCCUUGUCCAGACCGCGCUCAAAUCCAACAAGCCAAUCGACUUCACAACAUUGGAUGCGCAUCUUGAGCACCUGUCGUCUCUCCGCUCGCAAGCCCAAGCGCUGCGGUCUUUGUCCGACAACAUUAGCCGGAAACGGGGCGUGGAUGACGACGAGGCUGCAGAAGUGCGCGCGGAGAAGAAGCGGAAAAAGGAGGAAGAUGAUUUGAAGAAGAAAAAUCAGAGCCGAGGCGUCAAGCAGUUGGCCAAAGUAAACACGACGGGGAUGAAGAAGCUGAGCGCCUUUUUCACAAAGGCGCCGGCGAAGAAGGAAUGAAGCGUGUGUCGAAUGUCGGUUUUGGAUUGUGCAUGUGCUUCAGGCGACCAGUCUCCGGGGCAAAGGAGCAUUGUACGGCGUUGGCGGCAGAGCACGUCUCUGUGGGCGCAUGGAUGGGAUUUUAUCAGCGUGCUGGAUAAGCCGAGGGGGUAGCGCAAAGCUCAACACCAUAAAUGCAGUUCGUAUAGCGGUC